CAAGCUCCGCACCAUCCCCAUCCCUGUCGCCAGGUGCUACACCUACAGCUGGAACCAGGACAGCUUUGAGGAGAGCGGGAGAGGUUUCCCGGGCCCGGACACCCAGCGGUGCCUCCCUUUCCCGUGCAGACAUCCUGAAGGAGAUGCUGCUCAAGGAACAGGAGCUGCUGGAGCCGGGGCUCCUGGGGGACGAGGACGAGGACGAGGACGAAGAGGAGGAGGAGGAGGAGGAGGAAGAGGAGGAGGAGGACUUGGAAACGGAUGGGCAGUGUGCCCAGAGGGACUCACUGUUUUCCACCAGCUCGGAGGCCUCCCGUGACUCCACCCUGUCCCUCGCCUCGUCCCAGGCCUCGGGGGCCACCCUCUCCAGCCAGUUGCUGACCUCCUUUGUCUCGGGCCUGUCGGACGGCAUGGACAGCGGCUACGUGGAGGACAGCGAGGAGAGCUCCCCGGAGUGGCCCAAGAGGCCGGGCGGCCGGGAGCGCCGGGGCUACCGCAGGCCCGGGCAGAAGUUUAACAGGAUCUACAAACUGUUCAAGAGCACCAGCCAGCUGGUGCUGCGGAGGGACUCUCGCGGCCUGGAGGGCAGCCCGGACUCGGCACUGCCCCUGCGGCGGGCCGGGAGCCUCUGCAGCCCCCUGGACGGCCCGGGCCCGCCCCCCUCCCGGGCCCAGCGCUCCCGCUCCCUGCCCCAGCCCAAGCUCGGCACCCAGCUGCCCAGCUGGCUCCUGGCGCCCGCCUCGCGCCAUCAGCGCCGCCGCCCCUUCCUGAGCGGGGACGAGGACCCCAAGGCUUCCACCCUCCGCGUGGUGGUCUUCGGCUCCGAUCGGAUCUCGGGGAAGGUAGCCCGGGCCUACAGCAACCUGCGGCUGCUGGAGAGCAAUCGCCCCCUCCUCACCCGGUUCUUCAAGCUGCAGUUCUUCUACGUGCCCAUGAAGCGCAGCCAGGGGGCCUGCUCCAGCGCCUGCCCGGCCCCUCGGAGCCAGACACCGCCCCUCCCCCCCGAGUCCCCGAGGCACCCCCUCCCUGCGGAGCUGGGCGCGGCCCAGUGGGAGGAGAGCACCAACGACAUCUCUCACUACCUCGGCAUGCUGGACCCCUGGUAUGAGCGCAACGUGCUGGGCCUCAUGCACCUGCCCCCCGAGGUCCUGUGCCAGCAGUCCCUGAAGACCGACUCCCGGCCCCUGGAGGGCUCCCCCAGCCAGCUGCCCAUCCUGGCCGACAUGCUGCUCUAUUACUGCCGCUUCGCUGCACGGCCGGUGCUGCUGCAGGUCUACCAGACAGAGCUGACCUUCAUCACCGGGGAGAAGACCACGGAGAUCUUCAUUCAUUCCCUGGAGCUGGGUCACUCUGCUGCCACGCGAGCCAUCAAGGCUUCAGGUCCGGGCAGCAAGCGGCUGGGCAUUGAUGGGGACCGGGAGGCCGUCCCUCUAACACUACAGAUCAUUUACAGCAAGGGGGCCAUCAGCGGACGAAGUCGCUGGAGUAACAUGGAGAAGGUCUGCACCUCCAUCAACCUCAACAAGGCCUGCCGGAAGCAGGAGGAGCUAGACUCCGGUGUAGAGUCCCUGACGCUAAACCUGACGGAAGUGGUGAAGAGGCAAAACCCCAAAUCCAAGAAGGGCUUUAACCAGAUCAGCACCUCGCAGAUCGAAGUGGACAAGGUACAGAUUAUCGGCUCCAAAAUCUGCCCCUUUGCGGUGUGCCUGGACCAGGAUGAGAGGAAGAUCCUGCAGAGUGUGGUCAGGUGUGAGGUCUCACCUUGCUACAAGCCCGAGAAGAGCAGCCCCCAGCCCCAGAGGUCGCCCCACUCACCAGCCCAGGCCACGCCCGAUCUCUGCUCCCUCCUCUGCCUGCCCAUCAUGACUUUCAGCGGGGCGCUGCCCUAGGGAGGCCCUGCACCCACCGCCCCGCACCCUGCCCGCCCACCCACCCAGGACAGAAAGCCCAGAAGCGGCCUCUUCCGAGCCUCUGCAGACGGGCGGCGGUGAGGGUCUCACUCCUGGUGGAGAACUACACGGGCCUGCGCGGGGUCCGGGUCCUGCUGUGGGCCCCGCACUGGGCAGGGCAGCGCGUCGGUGGUUUCUGGGGCCCCGGGGCUCUGCUUGGGACAGAAACAGGCUUUAGGGAGAGAGGGGCCUGGCCACACAGCCCCUCAGAUUCCCGAGGUAGAAGGAGAGCUGACCUUUGAGGGCCCCGGCCACCAACGUGCUCCAUAUCCUUUCUAGAAGAAAGACCGGAGGCCCUGGUGCUCUGAGGUCUGGGUUAGGCCUCCUCUCCCAACCUGCGGCCCGGCGGGCCCUCUCCUUCCUUUGUCAAAGGCCCGGGAAACCCUUUGUGUCCGGAGUUCAGUCCAGAAAUGUGGAUGAGACUUUUCAUUCCUGACUUUCAGACCAGCCCCCAUCUCUGUCCCCCUCUCUCUCCCCAUCUUCCACUCUCUCUAAAAAUCAGUGAAAAAAGAUCCUCAGGUGAGGAAUACUAAAUAAACAAACAAAUAAAGGCUAGGGCGACAGGGCGGAGGGCAGGGCCGGGGCCAGGAUUUGAACUGGCGGAGGUGGGGAAGGGAACCAUGCAGCAGGCAAUUGUAUCCCGCACAGACCCCCUCCUUCCUCUCCUGCUUCAUCCUGAUCCAAAGGUUCUGGGCCUAUAGGAGCCCAGAGGAUUCACAACUGGAGAGACGUGGACAGGGCCAGCUCCUACCCGGAGUCGCCACUCCUCCCGCCCAGCCAGGCUCCAGAGAGUGGUCGGCUCUAUACUGUCAAUAUUAUUUUUUAUUGUGUGUACAAGAUGUCCUACUGUAUGAGCAAGCGUAGCAAUGAAUUGAAUUUAAUAUUAUUGUUAAAUAAAACAUCCAUCUUGUAUUUAA